AUGGCUUUAAAAUGCUUUACAAAGAGUACUACUGUUAUAGCUGGAAAUCAGACAGUAACCCAGAAUUCCCUUCUUCAGUUUGAUUACGCAACAAAAGAAUGUGACGCUAUUGUUCUCAGAAAUAAUUCCAUAAUAUUUUCUGGAACGGGUACAUAUCUUGUUGUUUUUAAUGCUUCUGGAGCAGGUACUGUGGCUGAGUCUACGGCUACAUUCCAAUUGUACAACAACGGUGUUCCUAUGACUGGAAUUUCAGCAAGCGUAAACACUCCAGCAAACACAAAUAUAAGCGGAAUGGGUUUCUCAACCGUAAUCAACGAGCACGUUUCAGAAGAGAUUGAUGAUUCUGACUGGUAUCUUGAGAUGUCCAGGUCAGCAGAACUGAUGCAGGAACGCAAGAUUGCCAAUCUUCUGAAGAUAAUCUCAGAUGAAGAGAUGUGUCACAGCAAGAUGCUUAUGAAAUGUCUUUCUAUGCUGGGCGUGGAAUACGACCACAAAGCCUCGGCAAAGACUGGUUCAAAAUAA